UACACUGAAUAAAGAAGUGUUGUUCCAUUCAAGUCUCGGCCUUCCAUGUACUUAGAUCAGGGAAGUACAUAACAAAAGUGGCGACGAGGACGUCUGGACCUGCGUCAGCUUGGACGUGCUGUUUUUGGAGUUUACUGCUGGUCGCGGUGCUCCUGGGGACAGACGGCGCCGACCUCAGCUUCCACGUCGUGACUUUGUGGGGAGGACGAGCGGAGUUUUCAAAAGGAGCUUGAAGGUGCUGUAUAACCAGGCGCUAUGGCGGGAGUUAUCGGCUCUGUUGGUCUUUUUGAUGAGCUUGUGGAACAGUGGAGCUCGUACACAGAGCGGUUCGGCUAUUUCGUGGUAGCUAACGACAUAGCGGAAGAGAAAGUGGUGCCCACGUUUUUGAGCGUUAUUGGGCCAAAGACUUUCAAUUUACUGAGAAACUUGCUUCAACCCGAUAAACCUGGUAGUAAAACGUACAGGGAAAUCGUGGAAACUCUUAAUGGACAUUUUUCACCCAAGCCCCUUGUGAUAGCAGAGAGAUUCCGAUUUCACAGGAGAAGUCAGGAAGAGGGGGAAUCUGUCACUAUGUUCGUAGCGGCGCUGCGGAAGCUGGCUGAACAUUGUGAGUUUGGUGAUGUUUUAGAAGACACAUUAAGAGACAGAUUGGUAUGUGGACUGUGUGUGUUCAAAGCGUACACUGGACACAAAGGGCACAUGAAAGGAAUGACUGACAUUACUGUGCAAUGCAAGGAUCAAACUGCUAAACUUCCAGUGUAUGUCACAAAAGGGAAUUUUGCUUCCAUAAUGGGACGACUGUGGAUUAAUGCACUUCGUGUAAAUUUGCUAGAAGUUCGGCAGCUGUCAGACGCUUCUUCACAACUACAAGUCAUACUGGACAAGAAUGAAGAGGUUUUCCAUGAGGAAUUGGGCAGCAUGAAGGACAUUACAGUGAAAUUGCACAUUAAACCAGGAAGCAAACCUGUGUUUAUGAAGGCUAGGACAGUGCCGUAUGCUAUUCGUGACAAAGUCGAGGCUGACCUGGAUGCGUUGGUCAAAAGUGGGGUUUUGGAACCAGUCACCACCAGCGAAUGGGCGACACCAAUUGUGCCGGUUCCGAAAAACAAUGGCGGAAUUCGCACAUGUGGCGAUUUUAAAGUGACUUUGAAUCCGGUGCUUUGUGUGGAGCAGUACCCACUUCCAUUGAUCGAUGAUUUGUUUGCAGGUCUGAGCGGUGGUCAAAAAUUCAGCAAAAUUGACCUCAAUCAAGCUUAUCUGCAGAGGCAUGUGGAUGAAGAAUCACGGGAGUGGCUGACAAUUAACACGCACAAGGGACUUUUCAGAUAUUGCAGAUUACCUUUUGGCAUCACAUCUGCUCCUGCUCUGUUUCAACGGGCUAUGGAUCAAAUUUUGAGUGGAUUGCCAGGAGUACAAUGUUACUUGGAUGACAUUCUAUACACCGGUGCCAACGACGAGGAGCAUCUUCGCAACCUGGAUGCUGUCUUGAAAAGGCUAAGGCAGUAUGGUCUUCGAGUGCGCAAGGAAAAAUGUGAAUUUUUGAGACCAUCGGUGGAGUAUCUCGGGCAUGUGAUAGACCACGCAGGAUUACACAAGGCUCCAUUAAAGACAAAGGCAAUUGUGGAUGCACCCGCCCCAGAAAAUGUGAGUCAGCUUAGAUCUUUUUUAGGUCUAUUGAACUAUUAUGGACGGUUUAUUCCCAAUUUGGCAUCACUUCUUAAACCAUUGCAUGAGCUGUUGUGCAAAGAUGUAAAAUGGAAAUGGACGAAUGAGUGUAACAAAGCUUUUCGAAAUGCGAAAAACGCCCUGAUUUCAUCAGAGGUUCUCACUCAUUUCAACCCUUCAUAUCAAAGCUGACAUGUGAUGCUUCACCCUAUGGGGUGGGUGCUGUCAUCUCCCAUGUGUUCCCGAACGGAGAUGAAAGACCAAUUGCUUUCGCAUCGAGAACACUUAACAAAGCAGAGUCAAACUAUGCUCAAUUGGAACGAGAAGCA